AUGGAUGGCUGCUAUCCCCCAGAAAGCGAACGGAUGGAAGCGUGGCUUGAUGACCACUUGGAGUUCGCUCAUUCCUACUUUGUCAGGAAGGCUACAAGGGAGAUGGUGAAUGCAUGGUUUGCUGAGCGAGUCCAUUCCAUCCAGCCCUCCUCCUCCUCGUCAUCCUCCAAAGAAACCCUUCUACCCCAGAGACUCACCCAGCCCUCAGACAGCCCCUGCCUAGCCUCCUCCCUGCCCCCUUCCCUGGGCCUGAACGACAGGCGUUCCCCAUCCCCAGCCCCGCCCCCCAGCCCCGCUCCCAGCACCCCCACCCGUAAGAUCUCUGCAUCUGAGUUUGACAGGCCGCUGAGGCCCAUCGUGGUCAAGGACGCGGAAGGCUCACUAACCUUCCUCUGCGACACCGAACCCGACCGAGGCGACAUCCGGACACCCUUCAGAACCCAGCAGGGAGGGGUCGGGGUUGGUAUCCCCACAGGGAUGAUGGGCGAGGUUGGCAGUGCCCGGGGGUUGGACCGCUGUGCCAGGCUGUUGGAGCUGGUGAGGGAUGUGUCGAGUCACCUGGAAGUGACGGCGCUGUGCCACAAGAUCUUCCUGCACAUCAACGAGCUGAUCACUGCGGACCGCUACUCCCUCUUUCUGGUGGGCGAGGACAGCUCCAACAGGAAGUUCCUGGUGAGCAGGCUAUUUGACGUUGCCGAGGGCUCCACCCUGGAGGAGGUGUCCAAUAGCUGCAUCCGUCUGGAGUGGAACAAGGGCAUUGUGGGUCACGUGGCGGCCACGGGCCAGCCCCUCAACAUCAAGAAUGCCUACGAGGACCCCAGGUUCAAUGCAGAGGUGGAUCAGAUCACAGGCUAUAAGACGCAGAGUAUCCUGUGUAUGCCCAUUAAGAACCACAGAGAAGAGGUGGUAGGAGUGGCACAGGCCAUCAACAAGAAGUGUGGAGAGAAUGGGACUUUCACUGAACAGGAUGAAAAGGACUUCUCUGCCUACCUGGCCUUCUCCGGGAUCGUCCUACACAACGCCCAGCUCUACGAGACGUCCCAGCUGGAAAACCGACGCAAUCAGGUGCUGUUGGACCUGGCCAGUCUGAUCUUGGAAGAGCAGCAGUCCCUGGAGGUGUUACUGAGGAAGAUAGCGGGCACCAUUCUCUCCUUUAUGCAGGCCCAGGGCUGCACUGUGUUCAUAGCUGACGGAGACGUUAUGAACUCUUUCUCCAGCGUGUUUCACAUGGAAUAUGAGGACCUGGGAGAGGCCAUGGACACCCCCAAAAGGGACUGUGACGUGAGUCAGAUAAACUACAUGUACGCCCAGUAUGUAAAGAACACCAUGGAGCCUCUGAACAUCUCUGACGUCACCAAAGACCAGCGCUUUCCCUGGACGAGUGAGAACCCAGAGCACCCCAGUAACCAGAUCAAGAGUUUGCUCUGUACGCCUAUCAGGAAUGGGAAGAAGGAUAAAGUUAUAGGUGUGUGUCAGUUGGUGAACAAGAUGGACGAGGCGUCGGGGAACGUGAAGUCCUUCAACCGGAACGACGAACAGUUCCUGGAGGCCUUCGCCAUCUUCUGUGGCCUGGGUAUACAGAACACCCAGAUGUAUGAAACAGUGGAGAGAGCCAUGGCCAAACAGGAGGUCACACUGGAGGUCCUUUCGUAUCACGCCUCUGCUGCAGAGGAAGAGACGCGGGCGCUGCAGGUAACUGCGGUGGCCACUGUUCCUUCGGCCCAGUCUCUGCGCCUGAUGGAGUUCAGUUUCAGUGACUUUGAGCUGUCCGACGCUGAGACCACUCAGGCCACCAUACGCAUGUUUGUAGACCUCAACCUGGUCCAGAACUUCCAGAUGAAAUACAAGAGUCUGUGCCAGUGGAUCCUGAGUGUUAAGAAGAACUAUAGGAAGAACGUGGCCUACCACAACUGGAGACACGCCUUCAACACCUCCCAGUGCAUGUUCGCCUUGUUCAAAUCUGGUCGGUUACAGAGUAAUAUGACUGAUCUGGAGACCCUGGCCUUGAUGAUCGCCACUCUGAGUCACGACCUGGACCACAGAGGGGUCAACAACUCCUACAUACAGAGGAGUGACCAUCCCCUGGCCCAGCUCUACUGCCACUCCACCAUGGAGCACCACCACUUUGACCAGUGUCUCAUGAUCCUCAACAGCCCAGGGAAUCAGAUUCUAAGCAGCCUGUCUCUGGAUGAGUACAAGGCCACUCUGAAGAUGAUCGAGAGGGCUAUUCUGGCUACGGACCUGGCUCUGUACAUGAAGAGGAGAGGAGAGUUCUUUGAACUGACCAAGAACAGCCAGUUUGUCUGGGACGAUGACUACCAUAAAGACUUACUGAGGUCAAUGCUGAUGACUGCAUGUGACAUCUCUGCCAUUACCAAGCCCUGGCCAGUACAGAAGAGGAUAGCCACGCUAGUGGCUACAGAGUUCUUUGAGCAAGGGGACAAGGAGAGAGAACUCAACAUUGAGCCCAUAGAUCUGAUGAAUCGGGACAAGCAGGAUAAGAUUCCGAGCAUGCAGGUGUCGUUCAUUGAUGCCAUCUGUACACAGCUGUAUGAGACCCUGGCCAGUAUGUCUGAGUCCUGUUCCCCACUACUCGAGGGCUGCCAGAAGAACAGACAGAAUUGGAAGAUUCUGGCUGAACAGGGUGACAAAGACUUCUUCAACGGCGCGGUGUAGACCUGUUUAACGUCUCCUCCAUCCCCACUAUCACUCCAUCCCUCCACCACCCUGAGAAGACAUCAACACUAAGCUAUAUUUAUUAACAUAGUAUUUUUUUAAUAUUUUUUUGCACAAAGUCGACUUGCUACAUGAAGGAGGAGUCACUAUAUUAUAUCUCUCACAGUCGGAGGAAGAACUCUGAAGGUGUGGGUGGCGUGUGCCUGUGGCUACUAUCGGCCUACUGAGCACCAAGGGAUCAAUGUGCCACCAGAGAAAAGACAGACCUGGGUUCAAAUAUGAUUUGAAAUCUCUCAAAUAUUUUGAGCCCGUCUGAAGUGCCAGAUGGUCAGGCAGGAUUUGUACUUUUGAGACUAUUGCAUUGGUUCCGUUGUACCAAGCAGCUCAAUGAAAGAUUACAAAUACUAUUUGAACCCAGGCCUUAGCUCAUUGCAUUGGCUGGAAUGGAAUUAAUGGAACGGUAUAGAUGCAACUUACUUUUACCCACCAUAAAGCACCACAAUCAUAAGCUUGUUAGUAAUACCAGCGCAAACUCACACACCACACGCUCACAACACAAAGGUUUCGAGAGGACGUUCAUCUUAUGUAACAAUCACUCGUCUUACCUAUUGCAUAUUUAUUUGUUUUAUAUAUUUAUUCCAUUUCUAUACUGUAAGGUCAGUUUCAUGUUGAGAACACACACGUCUCUGCUUUGAGAACUUUACUGGACCAUCCACUCACCCGUGUAUUUUUACGUAUUGUGUUAUUAUUUGAAUUUUGUAAAUUGUAAGCCAAAGACUUGACGUGUGUUCUAGAAGAGUUCUAGAUAAUGGACCAGCUCCCUGACCCCCCCGUAGGCCCUCAUAAUGGACCAGCUCCCUGACCCCUCC